UGUGCCCAUGGCCGAGCCCAGGGACGGGAGCUGUGUACCCGGUGUCCAGGGCCGAACUCGGCCGGGAGCAGGAGAUUGGGCCGGGGCCGGGUCCGAGUCCCGGGGGAUGGAGCGGUGACCGGGGCUGAGCUCCGGGGAACCGGUACUGCGUGCCCAGGUCUGAUCCCUGGCACACCGGAGCUCUGUCCGGGUCCCAGUCCCGGAGCCCGGUGCCAGAUCCGAGUCUCGGGGGACAGCAGCCGUGUCCGGAGCCAAACCCCGGGUCCCGGCCCCUUGUGCCCGGAGCCGAGUGCCGGGGCACCAGAGCCGAGUGUGCGGCGGCAGGCGGAGCACCCUCCGCCCGCCCUCCACCGCCCCAUCCCCGCCUUGCCCUCACGCCCCCGGCCCCUCACGCCGGCCCGCCCGCCGCUCGCAGGGCCGUGUGGGAGCUGUAGUUCCGCGGUGACGCGGGCGCACCGCCGCCUCCUGCUCCGCCGCUCCGUGCGGGGCCAUGGCCGCCCGCUCCCUGCGCCGCCUCGGGGCCCUGCUGCCCGCGGCCGGCAAGGCCGGCACAGGCAGUUUGUAUUUCAGGGGGUGCCCCUGUGCUUUCAGCACUGCAGCUCAGCAGAGAAGUACAGGAGAUGAGUGUGGCCCAGAGGACCCCAGUGAGGAGCCCAAGCACCCCCUCUCUGACUGUGCCUUGGAGCACAAAGCCAUCAAAUUGGAAGAGCAAGUCCGGGAUUUAACUGAGCGAUACCGGAGAGCUUUGGCAGAUUCCGAGAACGUCCGGAGGAGAACGCAGAAGUUUGUGGAAGAUGCCAAACUCUUUGGCAUCCAGAGUUUCUGCAGGGACCUGGUGGAGGUGGCAGACAUCCUGGAGAAGACAGCCGAGAGCGCGGCGGGCCACGCGGAGGAGCCCAGCGAUCCCAACCCCACCCUGAAGAAGAUCUACGAGGGCCUCUCCCUCAUCGAGGCCAAGCUUCAGAGCGUCUUUGCCAAGCACGGCCUGCAGAAGAUGAACCCCGUGGGUGGCAGGUACGACCCCUACGACCACGAGAUCAUCUGCCACGUGCCGGCCGAGGGCAUGCAGCCGGGCACGGUGGCGCUGGUCACGCAGGACGGCUACAAGCUGCACGGCCGCACCAUCAGGCACGCGCUGGUCGGCGUGGCCGUGGAGGCACAGGAGUGACGCGGCUUCGGCUGCUCCACCUGGGACCUCGCUGGGCUGGGGACAGUCACGGCUGCGUGCGUUUGCUUAUUUAUUGAGCUGGGGUUGCGCCGUGGGAUGGCUUCGGGCGCGUCGCCGUUCGUUCUGAGGUACUCGCGUGUUUGAUGAUCCUCCUUGGAGCCCUGCAGUCCUGCUGUUAGAAAUUUGGGGUACUGUAGGCUCCUUGUCUGCUUAUUUCCGGGUGGUUUGUGUGGGGAAGAGGGGAGAUGUGGAGAGAAAGGGAAAUUCUCUUCUUGUCUCCCUGUUCCAUCUCUGAGGGAGACUCCUGCAGUGGCCUCCAGGAAAGGAACUUCUCUGCCUCACUUUCCACAGCUGUACUAAGGGACUGUAAUAAUACUGACCUACCUCACAGGGAUGUGGUGAGGCUUUUCAUGUGCAAAGCACUGGGAAAAGUCCAGAGGGAUGAGUAUUAUUAUCACCUGGUUUUGAUGUCUUCCCUUGUCCCCACACCCUUCGGAUGGGGUGAAGAUGAUCACUUGAAAUAACAUUUAGAGGCAGCUUUUUCUUACUUGCUUCAGGAAAACAAUUUGGAAUUCAUGGAAUCUCUGUUGUACUAGAGUUGAAUAGAGAUGAGGGUUUAAAAAGAAUUCAGUUAGGUCAGACUAAUGGUAAUAUUCCUUCUCCAGGUAAAAUUCCAGCUUGACUCUUUGUUCCCAAAGGUAAAACAGGGAGCAGUGAUUUGUGGUGGAGCCAGAAAACUGUCCUCACAUCUCUUAAUCUCCAACCCAAAUGUAUGUUUUAGAGGAGAGUAAUUUCUCUUCCCUGGUGGGUAUUUGUGCAGCUUUCAAGCAUGAUAAACUAUGUGCUCUUUGUUGCAGCUGCUGGCAAAAUGGAGCUGUGCCCUUAAGCAGGAAAUCUGGACUGUUCUGUUUUCUCAGGUCUCUGGUAAAGAUCCUCAGAUUACACCAACUUCCAAUCCACAUUCUGAUUCUACUUUCAAUGAUCCUAGUAAAUAUGAAACCUUUUCGGUUUUGAUGCAAGGAGAAAAAUCUUCUUUGCUCCAAAGUAUCAAGUGCCCUUGAACCAAUUUUAGCAGCAGUGACAAGAAAGCAAGAGAAGCAGAAGGCUGAGGAAGUGAAAGCUGACCUCGAGCUGUCCUCCUGGUUGGAGGCAUGUUGUUGUCACAGCACAUAUGUAUUUCCCACUGGCCCUAUUGCCUGGGAGUUCAUUUAUCUCAGCUGAAAGGAUGCAGUCACUGAGGAGGAUCAGAAUUUAACCCUUUGCAGAGCAGCAAGCAGUCAAAUGACAGAAGAACAGUUAAGCCAGAAAACCAGGAAUAGUUGGUUUUCAGCUUGUUUCUUACUGAUUUGUUCAUUCCUUCUUUUUUACUUUCUGGAAUUGGUUCCAUAACCUGCCAAAUGCACUUCCAAAAGUGCUUUACUUAGAGUGGAUGCCAUCCCUGGUUUGGAAAAAAAUUAUUCUUCUCCCAUUCAUUUGGAGGCUUCAGCUGAAAAACCCUUUUGUAGUGGACUUCAGAAUUGUCACAGCCUUUAGUACUGCCAGUCUUUCACCUGGGGAGACUGUGUGCAGUUAGUGGGUUGGCAUCCCAGAAAUUUAAGGAAUCUGCACAUUUCUAACCUGCUCCAUGCAACCUUUUUUAGUGGCAGCUGUGGUGUGACUCUGUAAUGGAUCCUUUUUGGAGUGUGGUUUCUGCCUCUGUGCAGUAGGUUCUGAGGGAGGUACUGGAGAUUUCAGCCCUGAAACAGCACUUCUGGCAGUUUUAGCUCAUGGGCAAACCUCUUGUUCAGUGUCUUGUAUUAUUACCAUGUUUUUGGAAGUUUCACAGAUAAACAGGACUUCCUAUCCAUUGUGCUGAGCAGGUCACCAGGGUACGCUGUUUCUCUAGAGAAGAAUGGUAAAACAUGAAAUGUUACACUACAAAUCUGGCUGUUCUUCCUCAAAAGUAAGGAGCCCAUGUCCUCAGCUGGAAGGAACAGUGGGGGGAAGCUGGAAACCAACUUUGAAAGUGAAACUUUAGUUGUGAGGAGCCAAACAGAAGCACAGGCAUUUUACACUACAGACAGUUUUCUGUCACAGAGAGGCUGCAGCUGGGUGUGACCAGGAAGGAUGGGAUCCAAAUCCUCUUUAAACUCACCCAUGGAGCCACUGGACUGUAAAAAAAGUGUUACAGCCACUCAGUCCAACUUGGGUUUGCCAACUCUGCCUGUCUCCUCAGCCAAUGUUCACCCACUUCUGCCUUAAGGAAAUUCCCUAAAAUGCACUCCAGACCUUCUGUCUGUACUGAGAGAGGAUUUAUCAGCUUGUGUGUCUGGGCUCUGACUGAGGCACUGCAGGGUGGCUGCAGCAGGACUCUGAGGGAUCCAGCUCCUCUGCAGGCUUUCCCACCCUCACAGAGGCCCUCUUUAAUUUGGGGCAAGUUCUUCUCCCAGUGAAACCUGCAAAACUUCUACAGGAUCCUGUCAGGUUUUAUGAUUCCUGUGAAAUGGAGGCAGUGCUGAGAGACUUUCACAGAUGUUACCAAAGAGAUAAAUCCUGUAGCUGUUGUUUGUCCCAGUUUCUGCUUCCUUCGAAAGGUGAAGUGAAAAUGAAAUAACCAAACCUGGAUUCCAUCACAGAAUCCAGAUUUCCCAGGUAAAAUUUGAUUCUCUUGCCUUUCAAGCACACUUAAUGAUGGUUUUUUUUUGUCCUGGAUGAGAUUGUGGAAGGGUGGGGUGAAUUUCUCCUUGGUUUUUGCUGCUUUUUCUGCCCUGUUUCUGUAACUCCUGCAGGGAGGGCCCUGACCCACGAGCUGCUCCUCUGCAGUCACUUUACCCAGUGACUGUUCAAUAAAACACAGGAAUACAUGAACAGGGCAGGAAUAGCAGAGGAGAGGAAGUGUCAUGUACCUUUUAGUCAUUUCCACACCUGGACAAGUCUCCAGUGGCACUGUCAUGAGCAUGGCAAGAUCUGAACUCUGAGCAGGAGCAGUGCAGAAUGAAAUGGAUGUUGCUUUGUGAACCUGAAUUUCCCAGUGCUUCAAGCAGCAGAGCUUCUGUUGGAAGAGCUGUGAUCACUCAAUAGCUCCUAGCAGUACCUUAAU